AAGAAGCUCAGGGAUCUGGCAGUGAAAAGGAAGCAGCUCAUUUGGGGUCUCUGGAUUUGAACUGCUGCUGCUGUGAAGAACAAGAAGACCCUGAUUUUCCAUCAUACUGCUCCUUUACGGGUGAUGGAGCUCCUCAGCCUGAGGGCCCUGAGUCUGAUCACACUGCUGCUGAGCGGAGGGGCACCGGCCGUGGUGGCGGUGCGGAGGAUAAGUGAGGGCACAGCAGAAUACCUCAAUCCUCCACUGGACGUACAGCUGGAAAGUGUAAACUGCACCGCCAUCAGUGUGAGGUGGAGAAUGCCAUGGAGACAUGUGGGCACCAUCACUGGAUACAAGGUUGUCUGCAAGGAGAAUAAUCCAUCAGGAAGUGAUGAUGAAGUAAUGGUGGAUGUUCCUAUAAGCCUAGAAAUGCGAAAAAGAGUGCAGAUGUAUGGUCAUGCACAAUUUAGCACAGUAAUUGGGAAUCUGGAAGUGUCUGCUGAGUAUUCUGUCACAGUAGGGGCGUACGGGUGGGCGGGGCAGGGACGGCCCAGCAUGCCUCGGAGCAUCAGCACCAUUCCUGACGAUCACUGUAUGCUCCCUGUUCCCCCACCUGAGCCCAGAGUAACGGCAGUGUCUGACACAGAGUUUGAGCUGUCCUGGAAGCCUGGUACAGGAGAGGGUAGCCCACCUGUCUUAUACUUCCUCGUGUACUACAUCAGACCAGAGAUGGACACUGAGUGGACGUCUGUCAAGGUACCAACACACACCCGCUCCAUGGUUCUGAGAGGCAUGAGCCCGGAUACACAGUACCAGUUCAUGAUGCGCGCUGCUAACAUGUAUGGAGAGAGCCAUCCAAGCCCGGUUACUGGACCCAUCUGGACACUCAGUAUUGAAGAAGACAGCAGUGGCCAGCAGCCCUUUAUGGACCCUCAGCUGAAUGAUGAUCACUCCAGUGUUUAUGACUAUGAUAUAGAUGUCUUUACAGGAGAGUUGAUGCAUGAUCUCCCUGGAAAUCAGGAGAUCAGAUCAUCUUCAGGAAAAUCAGCAUCUCAACCAAACUCCAGCUCUGGCUUUACAACAACAAUGCCUACUGCUCCUUCAUCACCAGAACCUUCCUCAUCCUCAUCCUCAGAGCCAGCCUCCACCACUGCAGCCCCAAUAGCCUAUGUUCCAUUAAACCACUGGACAGGACCAGUGAGGAGACUGCAUGAUCUGCCCUGUGAGGACACAGCAUGUCCCCCUAACAGCGUCUGUAUCGAUGACUACGGUAAUGGAGGCUCGCGCUGCCACUGUGCACUCGGCCGAGGUGGAGAUACCUGCUCAGAAGCUGUGGCUGUGCGGUUUCCAAGGUUCACUGGAUUCUCUCACAUUGCCUUUGAACCACUGAAGAACUCGUACUACUCAUUUGAACUGAUUCUGGAGUUCAGGGCAGACAGUGAAGAUGGCCUGCUGCUGUACUGUGGGGAGAAUGAUCAGGGGGAAGGGGACUUUGCCUCUCUGGCUCUGAUCAGAGAAAAGCUUCACUUCAGGUAUAACUGUGGUACUGGAGCAGCUCAGAUAGCAGCUCAGAGUCCUGUGAAGCUGGGAGUGUGGUACACAGUGACGGUGUACAGAGAGGGUCUGAGUGGUUGGCUCAGAGUGGACAAUGACACACCGGUUACUGGACGCUCUCAGGGCGAGUUCACCAAGAUCACCUUUCGCACUCCGCUUUACCUCGGCGGGUCACCUGCCGUUUACUGGCUCGCCAGAGCUGCCGGAACCAGCCGGGGCUUCCAGGGCUGCGUCCAGAGCCUCGCUGUGAACGGCAGGAUGAUUGACAUGAGGCCGUGGCCUUUGGGGCGAGCUCUGAGUGGGGCAGACGUAGGAGAGUGCAGUGAUGGAGUCUGUACAGAUGUUAGCUGUGAGAAUGGAGGCGUUUGCUACGCUAACCGGGCAGAUGGCUACAUCUGUCUGUGCCCACUCGGGUACAGAGGCCCGCUGUGCCAGGAGACCUUCUCUCUUUUCCUCACUCACUUUAACGCUGCUCUGAUGCCCUACCUGAGCGCCCCCUGGCCGCGCCCGGCGCAGUACUACCUCUCCUUUACUGAGUUUGAGAUGACCUUCCUGCCUGAGGCCUUCGACGGCACUCUGCUCUACAGUGAAGACCUGGACAGCAGAGACUUCCUGUCAGUGGUGAUGGUGGAAGGACACGUAGAGUUCCGCUUUGACUGUGGAUCUGGAACCGCCACAAUCAAGAGUGAGGAGCCGGUCAGUCUGUUCAGAUGGCACGAGCUCAGAGUGUCCCGCACAGCCAGGAGGGGCAUCCUGCAGCUGGAUAACCUGAGGCCUGUGGAGGGCAUGGCUGAGGGGGCUUUCACUCAGAUCAGGUGCAGCUCUCCGCUUUAUAUCGGAGGCGUCCCGAACUACAACCUCGUCAAGAACAGCGCCUCAGUUCUGCUGCCCUUCACUGGCAGCAUUCAGAAGGUGACAGUAAAUGACCGCGUUGUUCGUCUCACAGCUGCUUCAGUAAAGGGGGUGAAUGUAGGGAACGCAGUUCACCCGUGUGCAGACAGCCUGUGUGCCAAUGCUGGAGUGUGUCGUCCAAAACAUGACGGCUAUGAGUGUGACUGUCCUCUCGGGUACAGAGGGAAACACUGCCAGAGUGCAGACAGUGGAGCUGUGGAGAUUCCCCAGUUCACAGGCAGAAGCUACCUGAUGUAUGACAGCAAGGACAUCCUGAAGAGAAUAUCGGGCCCAAGAACUCACGUCCAGCUGCGUUUCAGGAGCUCGGCUCAGGACGGCCUGUUGAUGUGGAUUGGUGACACCAACAUGCGGCACAACAGCGACUACAUGUUCCUGGCUUUACAUGGAGGAACCGUCGUCUUCAGUUAUAACCUCGGCAGUGGCACCAACACACUCAGAGUUAAUGGAACGUUCAUCGAUGGCAGGUGGCACACGGUCAGAGCAGUCAGGGACGGACAGAUGGGUAAACUGAGUGUGGGAAGCUCCACCACCAGAGUGGGUAAAUCACCCGGCAGAAUGAGACAGCUCAACACCAGCGGCGCUCUGUACAUCGGUGGGAUAAAGGAAGCCUCUUUUCAUAUACCGUACCUGCGAGGGCUCGUCGGCUGCAUGUCCCACCUUACUCUCUCCCCUGACCAUCACCUCAGACUGAUAGAGGACGCGUCUGACGGCAAAAACAUCAACACGUGUCUCAACUGAGGCCUGCUGCCUCCGUCACAUGAUCCAGACAGAGCCAUUGAGAUCUUGCAUCAGAUGCAGCAUGAGGACGUGCUCGAUUGCAGAGAGUUAGGCAAAGCAGUGACCCUUAACAACCUGCGACAAUCUUCCUGAAGCCUUACGACAUUUACUGAAGUAGCAUGUUCCACUAAAGCUCAAACAGUGGAAAAUGUGAACAUGUUAUAUAUCUCGCUGUUCGUGUGCUUGUUUUAAUGGGAAUUCACACAAGAGGCCUUCAAUGGGUUUACAAGGACUGUUGGAAUAAUAAUGUAAGGACUCUCAUGAAUAACCAAUACACUCAAUUAUGAAACUCAAUGAAACGGUUGCAGAAAUAGCUGCACCCAGAUGGACGUAUAUUAAUGGAUUAUAAUGCUAUGGUGAAGAAAGAUAAAGGUUUCCAGGAAUCAUAAAUUAUCUAAUAUUUAUACUAACAUGGAAAACUCUCGGUUAUACAAUAUACAACCCAGAAAAAAAAUGAAGAGACCACUUCAGUUUCUGAAUCAGUUUCUCUGACUUUGCUUUUUAUAGGUUUAUGUUUGAGUAAAAUGAACAUUGAUGUUUUAUUCUAUAAACUACAGACAGCAUUUCUCCCAAAUUCCAAAUAAAAAUAUUUUGUCAUUUAGAGCAUUUAUUUGCAGAAAAUGAAAAAAGGCUGAAAUAACAAAAAAAAAAUGCAGAGCUUUCAGACCUCAAAUAAAACAAAGAAAACCUAUCAGAAUCAGAAAUUAAUAUUUGGUGGCAUAACAAUCACAGUUUUCAUUUAUCUUGGCAUGUUCUCCUCCACCAGUCUUACACGCUGCUUUUGGAUAACUUUAUGCCACUGAUGGCUUGUGAUCAUCCAUCUUCCUCUUAAUUAUAUUCCAUUAGGUAAAAUCAAAGAAACUCAUCAUAUUUAAGUGUAUAUUAAGCUACACGUACAGAAGUAGUGUGUAACAUGAGUGUAACGCUGCAUCAUGCCAAAUGUCCCAACAUGUAAAAAGUUGUAGAGGUUCCUAACAGAGUUUUGUGAUAAUCCAUCAUAUGCACAUUGUUGCAA